AUGGUAUCUCUAAAGACUGUACAAGCAUCCAACACUGGAAUCCGGGCCCUCCCCAACAUAACUGCCCUGUUUGUUGGCGGCACCAGUGGCAUCGGCCAGAGCACCCUGCGCCAGCUAGCCCGUCACGCCGACAGCCCUACUGCCUAUAUCAUCGGUCGCAACAAGGCUCGCGCAAGCCUAUUCUUGUCUGAACUGCGGCAACUAAGUCCCAAGGGUCGCUUCCACUUUAUCGAGGCGGAUGUAUCGCUCGUGCGCAAUGUUGAUGCCGCGUGCCGGCAGAUCCUCCAGCAGGAAAAACAGCUCAAUUUUCUCUUCAUGACCCCGGGGGUAUCUCUCUGGGAGGGCGAAAUGGGUAUAGACUACCUCUUUGCUCUCCGUUACUAUGCCCGCAUGCGCUUUAUCCAAAAUCUCCUCCCUCUUCUUGAAUCAUCCGGACCAAGCCGUGUCGUCAGUGUCUACGGCGGUGGCUUUGAGUGCUCCAUCAACACUUCCGACCUCGACCUCAAGCACAACUUCUCCUUGCUCAACGCCUACAAGCACUCCAUUACCAUGACCUCACUAAGCAUGGAGCACCUCGCCAACACCCGCCCUGCCGUCAGUUUCAUUCAUGUCUACCCAGGUCUUGUCGGCACCAACAUCUACACCAACAGCUUCCCUGCACCGGUUUCAACAUUCUACAACUAUGUGAUGUGGCCAUUCAUGUGGCCAUUUUCCGUGAAUCUCAGCGAGAGUGGCGAGCGUCAUCUAUUCCAUCUGAGCUCUGCACGCUAUCCCGCUAAGCAUGGCAUCGCGUCUCAAGGAGUCCCGGUUGAAACUGGGGACGUGGCUACAGGCACUAAUGGGGAAAUUGGGAGUGGUGCUUACCUGCUUAAUUGGAAGGGAGAGGUCAGACCGAGUACGAAAGUUCUGGCGCAGUAUCGGGAACAGGGGAUACAAGAACUGGUUUGGGACCAUACGGAGACUCUUUUAGAUGAGGCGGUGCGUCGAUAA